AUGGACAAGUGGGAUUCAGUAUCCAAAGGAAAAAGAUGGACCACCUGGGGCUCCUGGAGCAAGUCCCUACUUUCAACUGCAUCGGCUACUGUUGGUCAAGGAUUAACGGCAGUUAAAGAAAAAGCCGGCAUUCUCCGAACUCGUGCACCUUCCUCGGCAUCUUUGGAUGGGGGACCUCCGGAGACAUCUGAAAACGUCAUCGCAGAUGUGGAAGAUGAUCGACAGCAGGGUUUGGAAGAGGACGUGGCCUUAUCCUCAUCUCCUUCAGGAUCACGGGGAGUGCUGUCAACCAUCACUAGUGCUGUGCAGAACACCGGUAAAAGUGUCCUAAGUGGCGGACUUGAUGCUUUGGAAUUUAUCGGCAAGAAAACCAUGAAUGUUCUAGCCGAAAGUGAUCCUGGAUUCAAGAAAACCAAAAUUCUGAUGGAACGGACUGUGUCUUUAUCUCAGCUGCUGCGGGAAGCCAAAGAGAAAGAAAAGCAGAGACUUGCCCAGCAAGCCACGAUGGAGCCGACAGCACAUUAUGGGGUGCUCUUCGAUGAAUUUCAGGGUUUGUCACAUCUAGAAGCUUUGGAAAUUCUGUCCAAUGAAAGUGAAGUCAAGGUACAAUCGUAUUUGGCAUCUCUUGAAGGAGAGGAACUAGAAGCCGCAAAAAAUGUGUUGAUUCCUAUUAAGGCAGUCUUCCUUUCGCAAGACUCAGAAAACCAGGACAAAGAAAUUAAAAAAGAAGCAAGAGAUGAAUUUAUUACAACGCUAACAGAAUUGCUGUUUGAACUACACGUCGCUGCUACGCCUGAUAAACUUAACAAGGUGGGGAAGGCUGUUUAUUGGAUCUUGGAAAAUAUUGCUUAUUCAAUAAUUGCAGUUUGGUCUGAAAUAUUCAAGAAUAUGCUGAUUACAAUGGACAAACACUCAUAUUCCCAUUAUGUUUUCCACAGCUUAACAAAUAUGAUGUGCAAUGAAGUGUCAUCCCUCUCAAAACAAUUUUCCAAUGUUUUGACUUUGGUUGCGAGUGACAAGAAAGCUGAAAUUCUGAAUCCAAUGGUCAAUAGUGUGCUAUCUGAGGGCUGUAACAGCACUGUGUAUAUUCAAGACGCUUUCCAGUUGCUUCUUCCGGUUCUUCAGAUCUCACAUAUCCAAAUCCAUUGCUUGAAAACACAACAGGGAUUUCCUCUAAACUAGCCAUCAAUUUAAUUUCUGAUGGGUACCAUUAAUUAAUAUCCAAAUGCCGUAUAAGCCAUUCUGGAGUCUUUAGAAGGACACUAAAUGCAGGAUUUUCAUGGAAAGUAUCAAACAAACAUUUUCGACCCGUAGGAACUAUUUUAAGUGUGUUCAAAUCAGCGAAGUGGAAAGCAACUUCAUGUUUCUUGUAGUAAUUUAAGGCGUAUUCUGGUUUUAUUGGUGCAAAUUCACCUUGGAUAUAUUGCUAAAUAUUUUAGAUUUUGUUUUUGAAAAAAAAGUUGUCUUUUUUUUUUGUCCCCCUUAUGCUUAAAGACUUUAUCGAGUUAAAUUGAGACAGUCAGAAAGACAAGACAUUGAUUUUGCUGUGAUCCUAAUAUUAAAUGUAAACAUUCAGGGGAGAGCACCAAAAGUAUCAUAGAGGAAUGGAUCUUAUUUCUAAUGUUGCUUUUAACAUUAGGCCUUAUUCUUGACACUAAGUCCAUUUUCCAUUUGUGGUCCUUCAAUCCUCCCACCUGCAGAAAUGUUUACUUGUCUUAGCAAUAUUAUUAAUUAUUGCAAGUUAGUUUUUGUAGGCUUACAUCAUAAAG